CUCAUUUUUAGGGGCCUGUCCUGGUGUCGAUAACAGAAGGCUUUAUUAUAAUUAGAUUGUCAGAAAGCUUGCUCGUUGUGACAACUACCACAGCGCUGUUGAAUGUACUGUACCCAAAAAGGGUGUGCUGGGUACUGUUGACGAUGUUAGGCCGCUAACGUUCAAAAUGCAGGAUGGCAGAACCCAACAUUCCAUUCAGAACGACAGGUUCUAAAUUAUUACAUCCAGUCAGUGAGCUACUGGGAGUUCCAUUGGACCAGGUGAAUUUCCUCGCUUGUCAGCUUUGUGCUCUUCUAGCUGCUUUUUGGUUUCGCCUAUACCUCAGUCCAAAUAAAGCCAGUACAAGCAUCCGUCAUGCUGUCCCGGCUCUCCUUGGAGCAUACUUUGCUAUAUUCUGCUUUGGUUGGUAUUCUUUACAUAUUUUCACAAUGGUGUCCAUUUGCUACUGCAUCAUGCUUAAAGCAAGCAUUCAAAACGUACACAGGUACUCGCUGAUUGCUGCAAUGGGGUACCUUAUACUAUGCCAGAUUAGCAGAGUGUACAUAUUUAACUAUGGACUCCUGUCAACAGAUUUCUCAGGACCACUGAUGAUAAUAACACAGAAGAUUACCACAGUAGCCUUUCAGGUGCAUGACGGUUUAUGUAAGAAAGAUGAAGAACUCACCUCUGAGCAGCAACACUUAGCUGUAAAAGCAAGGCCUACACUUUUGGAGUACCUGAGUUACAACCUCAGUUUCUUGAGCAUCUUGGCUGGACCUUGCAGUAAUUACAAAGACUACAUUGCCUUCAUUGAAGGCAGGCACAUAGCUGUGAAGCUUUUAGAAAGAAACUGGAAGCCCAAUGGCUACAACAGGCUUCCUGAACCUUCUCCUACGAGAGCUAUUGUUUAUAAACUAUGUAUUACCACUGGGUCAUUAAUUUUGUUCCUGAGUCUUACCAAAGCUUUCCCUGUUGUUUACAUUGCUGAUGAUAAGUUUAUUAAUGAAGCAUCAUUUUUAGCAAGACUGAGUUAUACCUACAUUGCAAUGCAAGCUGCAAGACCAAAGUAUUAUUUUGCAUGGACUUUGGCUGAUGCUAUUAACAAUGCUGCUGGCUAUGGGUUCAAUGGCAUUGAUGCACAAGGCCAGUACCGCUGGGACCUCAUUUCAAACCUGAACAUCUGGCAUAUUGAGACAGCAACAAGUUUUAAAAUGUAUAUUGACAAUUGGAAUAUUCAGACGGCAGCAUGGUUGAAGCGAGUGUGUUAUGACCGGGCUCCACAUUCCCGUACAGCUUUUACCUUUUUCCUUUCAGCUGUAUGGCACGGGGUGUACCCUGGAUAUUACUUCACAUUCAUCACUGCAAUUCCCAUUACCUUUGCAGCGAGAGCAAUGCGGAACAACUUUAGGCAUCACUUUCUUUCCUCAAGGACAAAGAAGGUUAUUUAUGAUAUAGUCACGUGGGCUGUUACUCAGCUUUCAAUCUGCUACACUGCUGCACCAUUUCUACUGCUGGCAGUGGAGCCAACUUUUAAGUUUUACAAGUCAAUGUACUUUUAUUUUCACAUUCUUAGCAUUCUUGUGCUGCUGGUUUUACCGAUAAAACCAAACACUGUUAAAUCACAAGUCCACACCUCCAGCAACAACAAGGAAAAUUGAUACAUCAGAGCAUUACACUGACAGGGGAAAGAAUUUUGCUGAAGGCCUUGUUUAGGUAAACCCAAGGGACAAUGAAGCUUUGGAAAGAUUUGAAAAAAUAGUUUGUGUUGUAUUGCAAUAAAUGUAUUUAUAACGUUUAUUCUUUAACUCACAAGCCAAGCAUAUAUGCAAAAAAAAAAAAAAAAAUGUUUCUUGAUUAUAAAAAAAUUUGCUGUAAAAAUGGAAGCCCCAUGUUUUUUUUUUUCUGGAGGGAUAUGUGACAAUCUGUAAUUACUGCUUCUAAUUCCUGUGAGGAAGUUGAAGGUAGAAAUCUAUAGCAAAGUCAGUCCUUAAAAAGCACACAUAGAAAAACCACCUUUAAGAAGCAGGAUUAUAUAUUUUGUUCCUUGAAUAUGGAUGCACCUCAAAUUUCAGGCAUUAACAUUAAUUCCAAUUGUAAGUGGCUGGUUUUAAAGAGUACAGGUGGUGGAGUUUCUAUUUGAAUAAAAGGAAAAAAAAGGAAAUGAGCCAGGCAUGUCAAUGACACGUAAAUUCCACAAAAGUGUGUGCUGCAUAUCAUAAGCUUUGUCAGCCCCCCAUGUCUGAUCAUGUUUUUCAGCAAUAUGCUCUGUCAUUGCAACAAUAAGAAACAGCAGAUUAAGAAAUAAGCUGGGUUGUAUUUUAACAUGUAACGGCUUGUCAAAUUAGGGGAUAUGUCAUGAAAAACCAUGACUUGCAGUAUUUGUCAUGGGUGGACACAGCGAUAACAAAUGAGCAUUUGUUCCUAACCUGAGAUAAAGUAAAGAUUCCUUCUAUUACAAGUUGCACUUCCCGUUUAAAUGUUUACUACAGUACAGUUGCAGUUUGCCAUGCUUAUGCUUUGCAUUUACUAUUCUUUACUAUGGUUAGCCAUGUUGUGUUGUUUUUUUAACCAAGUUGUACAAUAGUUCAGUCACUCACAAUGCUUACCUGUGCUUUACCAUACUUUCACUACACUAUUACAGUUUGAUUCAGUAAUCUUCUAUAAGGUUACUGUUUUAUAUUUAAUCAUAUUGAAUCCAAUUUCCCAGACAUGGCUUCUAGGUACAUUCUUACCUUGAAAUGUAUAGAUAAGGCCAGUAAUGAGUUGCUCUGGGUGUUUAUUGUAAUCUAAUGAGCUGUCUUACAUCCAGAAGGAAUACAACCUGUGAGGUUUGCUGUGAUGCACCAGUAUUCCUACUGUGACACUUUUUUUAGGUCUAAUUUUUACAUUUCUUAGCUGGGAUAAAAUGCUACUAUUCAAGUAUUAAAAAUCCAAUAGGUAAGAUUAGGUCUACAGCGAGGAAACUUUUAAUAAUGUCCUUAGAUAUUUUUUUAUUUUGCUUGAUUUAUCUGGCAGAAGUUUCAUAAUCCUGCUGGUAUGUAUUUGCGCAUAAAGUGCUCUAUUAUUUUUAUCCAUUUUGUAUUUCAACUUGUGAAAAACAUGUAGGUGCAUUUGCAACACCUAGGUAAUAAGUUGCUGUAAAAGCAUUUUCACGAAGGAAGGAUUAUCUUGACUUUGAUUUAAAUGAAAGAGAUACAAAUGUGCAAGUGUUAUCCAGAACCUCUCAUUUUGUUAGCCCUGUAAUGCUGAAUGUUGCCACCUGUGUUUUAAUCUUGUGAUUUAGGUUUUUUUAAUUUUUUUAUUUUACCACCGCUAGAGUAAUUCGGAUCACAUUUCAGAGAAAGUGUAAAAUUAUUCCUGCAAAGGACUUGCAGUAAAUAACAGGCUCAAAAUAUUCUGUUUACUACAUAAUGCUGACCUACAGAAAGAUCAAAGCAUGAUUUUUACUAUGCCCUGCUGGAAUACAUAUCCCUGGUGAUGUGAAGUGCACUGUAAGUCACUUGUGUGUUCUAACACUCACAUAUUUUCAUAGAUUUACUACUCCAUAUCUGAUAGCGGAUUAGCGGUUCUUAAGAUAUUUGAAAAAAGUAAGUGUGGCAUAUGUAGAUGUAUGUAGAUAGUCUAUCUAUUUGGUUUUAAGAAAAAACAUAUUAGAAAUAAAAUACCCUUCAUUUAAAAACUAAAUUGACACUAAAUAAAAUAAGAAGUAAAACCAGUACUGUACAAAACGAUUGUACCAUCGAAUGGGUGAUCAGUAAAAUUGAUGCCUGUUACAUAUUUCUACUACAGGAUAUGUUACAAAAAGCAGCGAGGCCCCUUUAUGAAACGCUGAUAGCAGCUACUGAUAAAAAUAUGAGAUUAUCUGACAUGAAACCAAAACCACUACAUAUACUGUGUGUCCCCUAGUCGUCUUAAUGUAUUGUAAAGGUUGGCAGCACAUCAGUGAUGGGAUACAGGGGUUUGCAGGCAUUGGGAAAGCAGGAACAGAACACUCACUAUUUAAAAAAAAAAAAAAAGAGCGAGGAACUGCACACCCUUAAAUGACGUCCAUGCUUUUGUUAGAGUCUUUUAGCAUGUUUUUUAAUUCCAUGUUUUUUCAUUGUAUCAUCAGUUAACUGGUCUGUGUAGUCGAGGCUGUGUUUCAGUUCAUGGACUUCAUUUGCCAGGGUCUCAAAUUACUGUUGAAUCAUUUUUGAAGGUCUUUUCUCUGACAGCGUCUCUCUGCUUUAUUGUUGUUUUGCAUCCAUCUUUGUAUUGUAAAUGCUUAUAAAAGAUUCCAUCUUUC